AUGAUAAAUCUAGGAAUGUGUAUGGAUUGCGGUGCGCAUUCGACGUUUCAAUUAGGCAAUUGCUUGCUCAGAGGCGGGUAUGGGACAAAUAGAGGCCCUUUGUGCGCCUCAACCCUCCAUCAUGGUAAGUUUUGCUCUAAUUCUCCUAGAUCUAAAUGGAGCGAGAAGCAAAUAACACAGAUGGAUUCACAAAACCGCCCCAAGACCCGCCACCAUAUCCAGCCCCAGGGAAUCCCCUUACAAGAACCCUUGGUUCCUGGAGCUGUUCCAGGUGCUACGAUUAUUAUAACUCAGUCUAUGGGAACACAGCCAGCUGUCACGGUGUGCAGAUCUUGUGGCAUUCAAAUUACAACAAGGGUUGAACAAAUGCCUUCUAUGAGGACACAUCUUUUCGCUCUUUUAUUAUGUUUAAUUGGAUUCUGGCCAUGUGCGUGCGUCCCUUACUGCAUAGACACUUGCAACAAUGCUGACCACUACUGUCCUAACUGCAACGCGUUUAUUGGUUCCUAUCAUGGCGUAUAA